AUGCCACAUUCAAGCAAUCCAGAGGGACCUCUGGUCAAGCGUCAGAAGGUCUCGUCUGUGGCAUCCUCUGUCAAAGAUGUGGCCAACUCGUCUCGCAUUUUUGCGCCGUUUCGAACGGUUGGUCUCGUCUCGCCCACGAGCGUUCCAUUUACAUCCAUACCACUAGGCAAAACCACCUUCCAAAUUACCACGUCCGUGGGCCGGGCACUGCAGACGUACGACCUUCGCCGAGGAUUAAACCUUGUCUUCGUCACUCGCCCUCAAACGCCCGCCAAUAUCACCGCUACUUUCGCAUGGAAGGAAAAAGUCUUUGCAGCAUGGGGCGGAGGAAAGGAUGGAGAGCCGCAGGGCUUCUGGGUCUUUCAGCGGGGAAAGAAAGUAAGCGAGUUGGAACUGCCUUCUGACCUUGCUGAGCCAAUCCAGCAGAUCCUUGUCUUUGGUACUUGGGUUGUUGCGUGCGCUUCCACAAGAAUUGAAGUUUUCAAGAGUGCGACCCUAGAACACUAUACCACAAUUUAUACCAUGAAGGCCCACAAGGGAGGAAACGAAAUCACUGGCGGCGUCAUUAGCAUGCCUACAUUCUUGAACAAGAUCUUUGUUGGGCGCAGGGACGGAUGGGUAGAGAUAUGGAAUGUCAGCACAGGCAAGCUGAUAUACACCCUCCUCCCUCCGGCCCCAGAUUGUGGCGCUGUGACUUGCCUGGAACCUAGUCCUGCUCUAUCUCUUCUGGCCAUCGCCUACUCGUCCGGCACGUUGGUCGUCACCAAUGUUCUGAUGGACAGGCUUGUGAUCCAGAUUGAAGCCGGAAGCCCCGAGGCUCCGGUACACUCGAUAUCCUUCAGAACCGACGGAAUGGGCGCCGGGCAUGAUGGCAGAAAGGAUGGUGUUAUGGCUACUGCCAGCAGAGCCACUGGCGAUAUCACCUUCUGGGACUUGAAUAAGGGUGGGCGCGUGAUGGGGGUGCUCCGAAGCGCCCACAAUCCCCCGUCUCGGGAUGCCAAGAAUGUCAGAGGGGGAAUUAGCAGAGUGGAGUUUUUGGCAGGCCAGCCCGUCAUUGUGACAAGCGGUCUUGAUAACUCGCUGAAGACCUGGAUAUUCGACACUACGCCCUUCUCGCCUAUCCCACGAAUUCUCCACUCCCGAAGUGGUCACGCAGGACCUGUCAACUGCCUGCAUUUCUUACCUACCGACUUUGAUGGCGCCGAGUCCGGGAACAAAUGGCUUCUGAGUGGGGGCCGGGACAGAAGCCUUUGGGGAUGGAGUUUGCGGAGGGACGGUCAGAGCACGGAGCUCAGUCAGGGAAAUCUGCGCAAGAAGGCAAAGAAGAUUGGCAUUCUGGCUUCCAAUCCAUUAGCUCAUGGACCCACAACCUUGCUAGAAGACCUCAAAGCACCUGAGAUCACAAGUAUUGCCAUGUCCCUAAACAGAGAUGGUGGUAUCGGCGCAAUACCAGGCAACCAACCUAUUUGGCAAAAGGGCCACCAAGAUAGUAAGAAGAAAGUUGAUGCUGAAAUUAGUGGAAUGACUGGUUGGGAGAGUGUAGUUACUGCACACAAGGGGGAUCCUCAUGCGAGAACUUGGUUCUGGGGCCGGAAACGAGCAGGGCGAUGGGCUUUCCCCACUAGCGACAAUACGAAUGUGUCGACGGUUGCCAUAAGUCCCUGCGGAACAUUUGCCGUCAUUGGAUCCGAAGGCGGCAGCAUCGAUAUGUACAACUUGCAGUCAGGUCUGCACCGACAAAGGUUCCCGUCUAGGCUGACACCUUCGCAAGCUCGUCAAGUCCGACUUCAGCAGCUGAGGCAAGCAGAUGAUGUUGCUCAACUACAAGCCGGUGGUGAACAAAAGUUCCUCCCAGGUACCGGGAAACACACCAAAGCAGUUACGGGGCUUGUUGUUGAUGCCAUGAACAAGAUGGUCAUAUCCUGCUCUUCGGAUGGUAGGAUCAAAUUUUGGGACUUCCUGACUGGGACCCUACUUGAUCAACUUGACUGGGCGCCGAUGACUUACCCCAUAGCAUGCAGGUACCAUGCUGCCAAUAACCUGUUGGCAUUUGCAUGCGAUGACAGGUCAAUCCGCAUUGUCGACAUGGAAACUAAGAAGACGAUUCGUGAAUUUUGGGGCCCGGAAGAUUGUAUCAAUGACAUUUGCUUUUCGAACGAUGGUCGAUGGAUCGUUGCCGCAUCAGACGACAAGACGAUCCGGGUUUGGGACCUGCCUACCAGUCAUCUUAUUGAUGCUAUUCGGCUGAAUAAGCCUUGCACGGCUUUAGACAUGUCUGCUACCGGCGAAUAUCUUGCUGCUAGUCUAGAAGACGAACCAGGAGUUGCAAUUUGGACCAAUAAAUCGCUCUUCAAGCAUGUCUCCACGAGACAAAUAUCAGAAGAUGAGAUUGGACAGAGCUCUGCACCGACUGUAUCUGGAGAAGGAAACCAGGGCUUGUUGGAGGGUGCAUUUGAGGACUCAAAGGAUGAUGUGGACGACGCCAUCAUUGCUCCUGCUGUUGACCAGUUGAGCUCUGAAUUGACCACCUUGAGUUUGGUCCCAAAAAGUCGAUGGCAAACACUGCUCCAUCUCGAUCUGAUCAAGGAACGAAAUAAGCCGACGGAAGCACCAAAAGCUCCCGAAAAAGCUCCCUUCUUCCUGCCUUCGACAGGCAGUUCCAAGGUGCCAGAGCAGCAGGCCAUCACAGAAUCCACUGAGAAUGAGUCAAAAUCCCGCAUCACAAAAGUCGACAAGGCACGCUUUGAGGAGCAAUUUACAUCGAGGCUACGGCAAGGAGCGCAAACUGGCGACUACGGCUCGUUUAUUGAGCAUCUCAAAUCCUUGUCGCCAUCGAGUGCUGAUCUCGAGCUUCGAUCGCUAUCAGUUGGCAAUUGCGAUGAAGAAUCAAACGAGCUUCUCCAUUUCAUCCGAGCACUUACUUCCCUUCUAAAGGCUCGACGUGAUUACGAACUCACACAGGCUUGGAUGACAGUCUUCCUUCGACUCCACUUUGAUGUAAUAAUGGGAAGUGAGUCUCUCCUAAGUGAGUUGGAGCAAUGGAAGAACUACCAAGAGAAGGAGUGUAACCGGUUAGACCAUCUCGUGGGUUACUGCAGUGGCGUUGUCAGUUUCCUAAGACGCCCCCGUACAUAG